UAUAUCAUUUUCUCGCCUCUCCACUUCCCUAGAGACCAGCCUUCUCUUCUCGUGUCUCUCGGGUGAUUUUGAAAUUAAAAGCUUGUACUGAUAACUUCUCGUCUUUGAUUGCGAAGCUUCGUUCUGGUCGCCUCAUUGAAUUUCUUCUAGGUAAGUCAAGAUACAAUCUUUCCAUACAGAGAAAGUUCGUAGAGGUGGAUAGAAUCAUAAAACAGAGGAGGGUAGGAUGGUGUUCGGUCAGGUGGUCAUCGGUCCCCCUGGGUCGGGGAAGACGACUUACUGCAAUGGCAUGUCGCAGUUUCUCAAACUCAUUGGAAGGAAAGUAGCUGUCAUUAACUUGGAUCCUGCUAAUGAUGCAUUGCCGUACGAGUGUGCUGUGAAUAUUGAGGAGCUAGUAAAACUCAGUGAUGUAAUGAUUGAGCAUUCUCUUGGCCCUAAUGGAGGUCUUGUGUAUUGUAUGGAUUACUUGGAGAAGAACAUUGACUGGUUGCAGUCCAAGUUGGAACCUCUUCUCAAAGAUCAUUAUCUUCUAUUUGAUUUUCCUGGCCAAGUGGAACUAUUUUUCCUUCAUUCAAAUGCCAAGAGCGUUAUUACCAAACUCAUAAAGAAGUUGAACCUUAGGUUGACUGCAGUGCACUUAGUUGAUGCCCAUCUGUGCAGUGAUCCUGGGAAAUAUGUGAGUGCAUUGCUUCUCUCUCUGUCAACCAUGCUCCAUCUGGAACUUCCACACAUCAAUGUCCUAUCUAAGAUUGAUCUCAUUGAGAGCUACGGAAAGCUAGCUUUUAACCUUGAAUAUUACACCGAUGUCCAAGAUUUAUCAUAUUUACAAUAUCACCUUGAUCAAGAUCCUCGAUCUGCCAAAUACAGGAAGCUCACAAAGGAACUCUGUGAGGUGAUAGAAGACUAUAAUUUGGUCAAUUUUACAACCUUAGACAUUCAGGAUAAAGAGAGUGUAGGGAAUCUUGUUAAGUUGAUAGACAAGAGCAACGGGUACAUAUUUGCUAGCAUAGAAGGCAGUGCAGUUGAGUACAGCAAAAUUGCAGCUGGUCCCAUUGAUUGGGACUACUAUAGAACAGCAGCAGUGCAAGAGAAGUACAUGAAGGAUGAUGAAAAUUUUGAAAAUGAUGACUGAUUGGAAAAGCAUGGAGGUGUGUGCAACAUUGGAGACAAGGUAAGCGUAUGCUUAAGUCAUGACCUUGGAAGAAAUUGAUCGUGCAUGUCAUAGCUUUUGCAGGGGGGGGUCAAACUGAACUGUCUCUGUAAGGUGGUAAGCUCUGUAUUUGUUGCUUUUCCUCCAAAACAUUGUCAAGAUUUUGAAUACAAAUGGAUCAAUGUAUAUCGUUUUAUAUUAAAACCAUAUCUUAUUCAACUUUUUUGAAAAGUAUGUAUUUAGUAUUACGUAUGUACACACAGUUCUGAA